GCAAAUACAGUCGAUUGCAUUUUUAUUUGCACUCAAAUUUUGCGUUGAAUUUAAUUAAAUUUAUUAAUCAAAGUCACUUCAUAGAGUGAAUAAAUCAGCAAAUGUUGAGAUACUUCAUUUUCAAAUAGUAAGCUUUUUUCAAAGUAAGCCUUUUCAAGUAAUUUAACAAAAAAUCGAACCAAAUCAGGCAAUAUAAACAUAACUGACGAUAAAAUCAACAACAAACAUCAAGUUUCCACACAUAAUUGACAUUUGUGCCUUUUCUUUAGUCGCAAGAUCUAGUUAACAAUCUCUCUUUCACUUCAGCGAUGUAAAUUUACAAGCCACCUUUUAAAAUACCUGAGUUCGAGGACAAUUUCACAGAAUUUCAAUAAAUCGUUUGUCAUCAAAUAUUUUUUUAUCGUUCAACGUCGCUCCAUUUUUAUUGUUCGACAUCGUUCAUCGUUAUUGAACAAAAUGCCAGUGGGUUCAGCAUUUGUCAUGGUCGUUUUCAUUCACCUGUUUGUCGAUGCGGAUCUCAUACAAAGUUCGAAAGCCGAGGUCGAAUAUCAUCGCUUUUUGAUCGAAUUGUUAAAAUUAGAAUCAAGUGAAAGUGCUCAUUACCAGCGUAUCGUGGAUUCAUUGAUAAAAUUUGUAAAGUUCUAUAAGCUUGAGGGCCUCGAGCUGGAUUUCACCGUAGAUCAAGUGAUUGAGCUUGUGUUAAUAUUCGAAAGGGUGAUAAAACUGAAAAUUGCUCUUCUGAAGAGUCUCACGAGAAAAUGGGUGCCACGCAAAUCGGUAAUUCGAGAUGAAAAGGUUCAAGCACUUGCACAGAAGGAUGAAUUACAUGCCUCGAGACAACUAAAAGUGUACCGUAGCCAAAUGGUGUGUUUAAAAGAAUUUAGCUCUUGUGUUAAUUUAGAAGUAAUUGCCAAGAGAUUAUCAUCGUCAAAGCUCGAAAUGAUUGUGGAUGCCAUCGAGUAUCUUCUUCCGUAUGCCAAAAUAUACUCCGAGGAAUUGGAUGUGUGCAUAAAGGGGUCACUUUUAAAUAUCACAUCAUUUGGAAAAUCAACAGUCAGUGAAAAAAAAGAACCGGCAAAAUGGAAAAUAUUUCGGGAGCCAGGCAAAAACUCAUGAAACAACGAAUUAAAUACGAAAAAGAUAAAACAUACUGGUUCAACAACAUUACAGCAACGAAAAAAGGUCGUGAAACAACAGAUAAUAUUUGCGAAACACUGGAAGAGUCUGUGUGUACUUUUUUUGUUAUUCAAUAAAAAUGUGGGUUGAAUGAUGCGUA